ACUAUCAUCCUCCGUUUUAAGAUCAGUGUAGAUUCGCAUGGUCGUGAACAAUUUUUAUUAGAAGCAGAAGCGCACAGCCGGCACAGCAGCGCUGAGCAGCGCACAGUGAAGUCGCACUUCGCACUCGCAGUGAAGUCGUGUGAUGCAUCGCAACACUUGGGAGUGCAAAUAACCGAAAUCGUUAACAAUUCAAGGACAAAGACCGCGAUAAGACGAUCCGCGAUCGACGAUCGACGAUCGACGAUCGAGGUAUUGUCCUUCAGAGGACGAACUCUGUCCCGAGUCCCGAGGAAACUUAUAAGCUUCAGAAAGAAGGCGAUAAGAAGGCUCUGAGAAACGACACGUGGUCGUAAAGAAGAAGAGAAAGAAACGGAGAAAGUUCGACCGGCAAUCAUACGAUGGAUGACGUAUCACCAAAGGCGUAUCCACUGGCGGAACAGAAGCUGACCCAAGAUAUAUUGAAUCUGGUGAGUCAAGCGUAUAGCUACUCACAGCUGAAGAAAGGAGCGAACGAGUCUACGAAGUCCUUGAAUCGUGGCCUGUCCGAGUUUAUAGUUAUGGCUGCGGAUACUCAACCACUGGAAAUCCUGCUGCACUUGCCACUAUUGUGCGAAGACAAGAACGUACCCUAUGUUUUCGUGCGGAGCAAGCAGGCUCUAGGACGAGCCUGUGGAGUUAAUAGGCCGGUGGUAGCCUGUUCAGUAAUGAGCAAAGAUGGCUCGCAAUUAAAACAACAGAUUCAAGACAUCCAAAAACGAAUUGAAAAACUUUUAAUCUAAAUGAUAUCUGUAUUUGUUAUUUUUACACAUCUCAUUAGUAACACGUAACAUAGAUUUAUUGCUACUAUAAAUAUUCGACACAAAUGAAACGCAGUUUGCAGUUUGACUACUGUGCUAUUUAUAAAAAAAAAAUUAUUUUUUACUCAUCUCUUUUAUGUAUGAAAUAUUUGAAGCAUUAAUAAAAA